GCUUGAAUGUAGAGAGAGAGAGAGAGAGAGAAAAAGGGAAAUGAAUCUGGGUGUUUGUGAUAUUGUCUCUCAAAGUGGUCACCACUCACCACCACCACCAGUCAUAACUUGAUUGUUCUUGUGAAAAUGUUUGCUUUUGAUUAGAAAGAUACAUAUUUCAUCAAACUACUCUGAAUUCCGUUUUAGUUAAUUUUUCAUUUUGAUAUGGAUGUGGACAAUACUCUAUCUGAGACUGAGGUGUACAGUGCUCUUUUCGAUAAGCCAAUUUAUGGCAGCAGUGUCGAUUUGAACAAGAAGAGGAAGUUGGAAGAUGAUCAGGUGGAUUUGCCUUCACCAAAACACAAAUGUGGGGAACCUGCUUCUGAACAAGGUGGAGGGCUGUCUGAAGACGGAACAAGACGAUUAGAAUCGCCAAGUGGUAGCAAUUACUUCAAUUCUGCGACUGCCAUGUCUUCAUACCCUGAUCCUAAGUUGGAACCAAAUUUUCUGAAGGUAUAUACAUACAACAAACCUGCUAAGUUUGAAAAUGUGUACUCAAAGACUCAUAUCUAUGAUCAACCUUCUACUUCAUACGGUAGUUGUGGAAGCAACAGUUUCAAAAGUACUGAUGAAACAGGAACAAGUAUAAGAGAAGACAACUCAACAAUCAAUAAAGAAUUUGGUGGUGAAAUUCUCAAGGAUGGUUUACGAUUUGAAGAAAACGAAUUACCGGGGUUUGAGAAAUACACUAAUUGUAUCAACUCUGAGUAUGAAACGAUGGAGGAAUGCCCAAUUAUGGAAGACAAUGACAUGAAUCUUGAUCCUAAUGAAGCGGAGUCCAAUUUGUUUGUAUUAUCAUCCGGAAGAUGGGACGUCGACCCUGAUUCACGAGUAGACUCGAGGAAGCCAACUAUUGAUCAAGAAUUUGAACAAUAUUUUUCCAUGUUAAUGUUGUAGAUGAUGAAAUGAUACUGUAACAUAAGCCAUAUACUAUAUCAAUUUCAGGUUGGAUACUCGAGAUUCUUAAGUCAUGAACAUCCUUUCGUUGAAUGAAAAACUGAGGGAAUGUAAGUCUCGAUUCUUAAUAAUUUCGUGUAUAUAUCAAGCAAGCAUAUGUACUUUGUAAGAUAAUAUGUAAUAACUGAUCAUCUUUCAAUUGCAAGUUUUAACAUUCCCUAUC